UUAUUUUAAAAAUGAAUUCUUUAUUUAAAAAACAACAGAAGAACUUUAUUACAUUUUUAAUCAAUUAUUGUCAAAAUAGAGGGAAACUUCGGAAUUACAAAAAUCAAUCUUAUUCUACUCGAAUAACAAAUAAAAAUACUUCAAAUUUUGAUUAUUUCAACAUAAAAUAUCAUCAAAGGUCAAAAUUUAAUAAUUACUAUUUUGUAUUUGCUGCUUUUGGAGGAGGAAUUUUUGGAAUAUUUAAUUUUAAUGAUUAUUUUCUCUUCAAAAAGUGUCUUUUGAAAGAAAAUUUAAAAGAAAAUCUUAAACCUCCAGAAAGGAGAGAUUUGCCAAUAUUUACUUUUGAGGAGGUUAAACAACACGGAAAAGAUGCUAAUCGAAUUUGGGUUACUUACAAACAAGGUGUUUAUGACAUUACUGACUUUAUCCAGUCCCAUCCUGGAGGGGAUAAAAUACUUUUGGCUGCAGGAAAUUCAAUUGAGCCUUAUUGGCUAAUUUAUGCCCAACACAAAACUGAGGAAGUUUUGGAAUUACUUGAAGAAUUGAGGAUUGGGAGUUUAUCUAAAGAUGAAUUGAAGGAUUCUGAAUUGGGAAAACCUUUACCCAAUGAUCCUUUUGGAAUUGACCCUCCACGACAUCCAGCACUCUUAAUUAAUUCUCAAAAACCUUUCAAUGCAGAAAUUCCAUCUCAAUUGCUUGUUGACAAUUUUAAGACUCCGAAUGAUCUUUUCUUUGUUCGUAAUCAUAUGCCUGUUCCUAAUUUGGAUGAAAAAAAACAUUUUUUAGAAGUUAAUGGCCUUGGAAUUAAAAGAGGAAUUAAUUUAUCUGUUAAUGAUUUGAAAAAUAAAUAUGAGCCAGUUAAAAUAACAUCAACAAUUCAAUGUGCAGGGAAUCGACGUAAUGAUAUGAAUGAAUUUAAAAAAGUUCAAGGAUUGAUGUGGACAGGAACGGCAAUUUCAAAUGCUGAAUGGACUGGUUGUCGAUUGAGGGAUGUUUUAAUUAGUGCUGGAAUUAACCCAAACAAUAAAGAAAUAAAACAUGUUCAAUUUGAGGGUGCUGAUAUGGACAUGACUGGCAAUAAAUAUGGAGCGUCUAUUCCUUUUGAUAAAGCAAUGAGUCCAGAAGUAUUAAUUGCUUACGAAAUGAACGGUGAACCGCUACCUCGUGAUCAUGGAUAUCCUCUUAGAAUAAUUGCCCCUGGAAUUGUUGGUGCCCGUCAAGUCAAAUGGUUAACUUGUAUCAAAACAAGUGAGGAAGAGAGUACAAGUCAUUGGCAAAGGAAAGAUUAUAAAGCAAUGCCUUCGAAUAUAAAUAUUGGCGAUCCUUUACCUUUUGAUUCUGAAUAUCCUGUUCAAAGUGCUAUUUGUGUUCCUACUCCAAAUACAAAAAUUUCUAAAGAAACCGAAAAUAUUGUGGUUGAAGGGUAUGCAUGGAGUGGAGGAGGAAGAGGAAUUAUUAGAGUUGAAGUAUCAGCUGAUGGUGGAAAAAACUGGAAAUGUGCUGAAUUGAAACAAGCUGAAGGUCAAGAUUUUGAACAUAUGUGGGCUUGGACGCUUUGGAGAUUGGAAAUGCCAAUUCCAGAGAAAGCAAAAGAGAAUGGACAUUUUGAAUUAAUUUGUAAAGCAACAGAUAGAGGUUACAACACACAACCAGAAGAUGCUUGUGGAAUUUGGAAUGUACGUGGACUUUUACAUAAUGCUUGGCAUAGAGUUGAUAUCACAAUUUUUUAA